CAGCUCGCAGGCGUCCGCCGGGCCGGCAGGCGCUGGCGCCGGCGCCAGACUCCCGGGCCGCGGCGGCGGGUGAGCGCUCUGGGCCGGAAAGGGAGGGCGGAACGCAGCCUCUGGCCCCGGCCCGGGUCCGUGCUCGCCCGCUCGGGCGGCCGGGCCCGACGGGCGCGGCCGCAGGGCCUGGGAGUGGCGUGAGGGCCCGUAGCGCGAUCCCGGGACCGCCCGGACGGGUCACCCGCCUGCCGACUGCAGGACGACAGCGAGAGCCCGGCGGCGGCGCGCCCCUCCCUCCUCGGUUCGCACUCGAGCUCUGUGCCCAACCCGGCAACUUCCGGAGUCCCAGGUAGGGAGGAGCCCCGGGUCGGCAAUGCCAACUGCCCAAACACCGAACUCACGGCCUGUGUGGAAAAAGCGGCCGGCCCAGGGUUCCCUCCCCUGCCUUGGGGUGCAUCUGCUCAAAGUCUUCCAGCCCCUCAAGCAGAAAUGGUGUGGGAUCUGGGCCAGACCUCUCUUGCAGUGACUCAAAGCCGCCAGCAGUACUGGAAGGACAGGGUGGAUGGCCCUUAGCCUCCUCCCUCCCGGAGGGAGGAACCAUCACACCACCCCGGUGGCUUCAGUCCUGGGUGCUGUCAUCUUUUCCCUAUGACUCCCCUCCACUUUGCUUCUCAUACUCCCUCUGGUUUUCCUGCCUCCCUCUUCAGCGGUGGGAUGCAAAGCUGGACCAAGGCCUCCAGGGAAGAGCUCUGCCAUCAAGGAGCACAGCACAGGGCCAGGCCCGGCCCAUGGACCCUUCUCCGGACGGCCCAACGGCACCAGCGGGGCUGUUCUCCUAAGCCGCAGAGGGCCUGGCCACACUGUCCUCGGCGAAGAGCCAUGGUGUUCAGGAGGGGCAGGAGCAGCUCCCAGUGGUGGCCUCGCCUGGGAGGGGGUGGCGGUUGCCGAGGUCCCCUAGGCAUGCUCAGGGCUUCCUUGCUUCUGGCCAGCCUGCCUUUGGGGGCUGGGGGAACAGCCAGUGCCAACCUCAGCACAGCUCUGGGCCACAGGGUGCCCCUGACAGGGGGCCGAUACUUGAGCAUUGGGGACGGCUCUGUGAUGGAGUUUGAGUUCCCAGAGGAGAGCGAGGGCGUCAUUGUGAUCUCGAGCCAGUACCCGGGCCGGGGCAACAGGACAGGGCCUGGCCCCAUGCUGAGGGUCACCUCCCUCGACACGGAGGUGCUGACCAUCAAGAAUGUGAGUGCCAUCACCUGGGGCGGUGGGGGCGGCUUCGUGGUGAGCAUCCACUCGGGCCUGCCUGGGCUAGCCCCGCUCCACAUUCAGCUCCUGGACCCCCAUGAGGCCCCGCCCAUGCUAAUUGAGGAACGGAGAGAUUUCUGCAUCAAGGUCUCACCUGCCGAAGAUGCUCCCGCCACCCUCGGCGCCGACCUGGUCCACUUCUCGGAGAACCCGAUUCUCUACUUGCUCCUGCCUCUGAUCUUUGUCAACAAGUGUUCAUUUGGGUGCAAAGUGGAACUCGAGGUUCUGAAAGGGCUCCUGCAGAGCCCCCAGCCCAUGCUGCUGGGCCUGCUGGGCCAGUUUUUGGUCAUGCCCUUCUAUGCUUUCCUGAUGGCCAAGGUCUUCGUGCUGCCCAAGGCCCUGGCUCUAGGCCUCAUCAUCACCUGUUCGUCACCCGGCGGCGGGGGGAGCUACCUCUUCAGCCUCCUCCUCGGAGGGGACGUCACCCUGGCCAUCUCCAUGACGUUCAUCUCGACGGUGGCUGCCACCGGUUUCCUGCCAUUGUCCUCCGCCGUCUACAGCCGCCUGCUCAGCAUCCAUGAAACGCUCCACGUGCCCAUCUCCAAGAUCCUGGGGACCCUGCUGUUCAUCGCCAUCCCCAUAGCAGCCGGCGUGGUGAUCAGGUCCAAGCUCCCCAAGUUCUCCCAGCUGCUGCUGCACGUCAUCAAGCCUUUCAGCUUCGUGCUGCUCCUGGGUGGCCUCUUCCUGGCCUACCGCAUGGGGGUCUUCAUCCUGGCGGGUGUCAGGCUCCCUAUCGUGCUGGUGGGCCUCACGGUGCCCCUGGUCGGCCUCCUGGUGGGCUACUGCCUGGCCACGUGCCUGAAGCUGCCGGCGGCACAGCGGCGGACGGUCAGCAUUGAGGUAGGGGUCCAGAACAGCCUGCUGGCCUUGGCCAUGCUGCAGCUGUCCCUCCGUCGCCUUCAAGCCGACUACGCCUCCCAGGCCCCCUUCAUUGUAGCGCUGAGCGGCACCUCGGAGAUGCUGGCCUUGGUUGUUGGCCACCUCAUCUAUAGCAGCCUGUGCCCGGUCCCCUGAGGCCCCUGGGUCCAGCUUCCACCACGCGUCACCCGCGGCCUCCAGCCACCGCCCCCACAGCUCUCGUGUACCAAAGGCCUUUGGCUCUCAUGCACUAUGCACUCAGAAAACAAUCCAGGCUUAUUUUUUUUACCGGUUUUUUAUUCUCCAGCUUUCAGUGCCAAAGAGGCCACGCUGAGUUAGGUAGGUGGG